GUCCGCGCCAGUCGAGCUGAAUAACCACACAACCUCAUUCAUGUUGUCAGAGACACGCUAAUGUACUCUGGGCAGCAUAUCAGCACAUAUCUUUCUCUCUACUCCGCAUCUAUUGUCUUCAAAUUUGCCCAGUUCAGAACCUGGCGACCUGGAUCAAAAGAAGCAUGCCUCAUCGCCUUUCAUCAGCUUCUGGUCUGGUGUCGGUCUUUGCUAACGUCUGAAACCUUCGGGACGCAUGUCUUCAUUUAUCAUUCGAUCUACAUUCUGUACAGCAACAUGAAGGAAUGGAAAGAGCAGAGAUCGACGGGAUGACUCGCCAUGGGUCGAUCCCAUUUCACCGGUGACUUGAAGCAAAGUUGGAUACCUGCGCAUACAUAAACCUGUGGCCCUGUAAAAUCUAGGCGGAUCACCCUCUUUCCCCCUCUCACCCCUUUCCCUUCCCCAUCCAACUCGUACGCACUCAUCUGCGUCAGUCAUUCAUUCAUCCCAUCCAGUCAUUCCCUCCCUCCUCACGCACGUUACACAACACUCCCUUACACUGUCCAUCAUGCACUCUUUCUCCGUCCUCCUGGCAGCGCUCGCCUUGCCCUCCUUCGUCCUGGGCGUCAUCCUUCCUCGUUCCCCAUUGCUGGAUGUAUGCGCGCAUGUCGAGCUUAAUCUCUUCGCUGAGCUCGGCCUUAUCACUGAUAUUCUGGACCUUCUCCAUCUCGGUCUUCCUAUCGGUGUCAUCGGCGAGCUUGAUGUGUGUCUCUGCUUGAGCGCAUUACCCCUCUUCUUAACUGCAAACGUGGAUGCUGCCGCCGCUGUUACGCUUGCUGGCGACACCGCCGUCUCCGGUUUCCUUGCUGCCGAGAUCAACCGCCUUGCUGGUGGGCAGAGCUGCCAUUACCCGCCUAACUCCAAGGCCUUCUGUUCGCCGGCUGUCCCUUGUAGCUGGUCUUGUGACACCGGAUACCACAAGGUUGGCAACCAGUGCCUGCCCGUCCAGACGGCUCCUUCACCCCCCGUGCGAAGGUCGGUUGCCCCCAGCUGCCCUAUGGCUGGUGAACGUGUCUGCGGCACCGCGAACGGAAAGAGUCAAUGGGAGUGCGUAAACGUACUGUCCGAACUUGAGAGCUGUGGAGGCUGUACCUAUGCACCUCCCUUCCCCGAGCUCGCUGCUACCACACCCCUCGGCACAGACUGUACUUCCAUUCCCCACGUCGCAGACGUUCGCUGCUCUCGAGGUGCAUGCGUUGUCCAGAAGUGCGAUGAUGGUUUCGUUCCCUCAAGCGACCGUUCCACGUGCAUCACCACCCAGCUCGGCUCCUAUGACACGAGCUCCAUCAAGGCCAGCCACCUUGCGCACGGGCAUCACGUCGUCUCUGGCUUCCUUGGCCAUAUGGUCGGAAUGGUCUCCGGCAAAUAA